CUUUUUCAGAGCCACGAACAAGAGUUCCGGCAAAUGGUUCAAGAAAAGUAUGCUGUAGUCAAUUGUCCCCACUCUGUCGGUUUUCAUGCAGAUCGUCUCGCUAUUGUUGACCUCGAAGAAGGCAGUAAGACGUACUGCAAUGUAAUUUCUGUGUUGACGUUUCCUGAUGUUGGCGAUGAGCCAGGACGAAUGAAUUGGACCAGGUCUGCUCCCAAUCUUCAGGCAGUACCUAACGUGGUUCGAAACCAUAUGGUUGUACCUUGUAUGAACAGCGAUCGGAUCUACAUUGUGGAAAUAGAAGAGGAAGGAAUGAAAAUCGUAAAAACAAUCAAUCCGGAGCUUUUGAAAUACUACGAUAUGUCAUGUCCAUAUGCUGUUCAUGUGCUGCCGCUCAAAGGUGCACCAGUUCACAUUGCAACUUUGGGAGACAAUUAUGGCCAUGGAAAAGGCGACUUUUUAUUGAUUGAUCGGGAUUCGUUCGAGAUUCGUGAACGUCACAAUCGUAGUGGAUUCUGCGGUUUCGGUGGUGACUUCUCGUUUCAGACGAGACGAAAUUUGUUGAUUGCAUGUGAAUGGGGACAUCCGCGACUCUUCCGCAGUGGCUUCACUCUUAGCGACAUUGAGAAUGUGUCGGAGUCUUUUGGCAGUCAACUUCAUGUAUGGCAGAUUUCUCCUGGUAUAUUAAAAGAAAGCAUCGAGCUUGGUCCAUUUGAAGGAUGUCUCACUACAACUGUACGCUUUCUACACAAUCCAGAAUGUAAUCAUGCAUUCGCUUGUUCGGCAAUCGGCUCGACCGUCUUUCACCUUCACAUGAACUCAACAAAUGGGAAAUGGAGCGCCGAUAAAGUCUUUCACGUUGAGACAUUACAGGUUGAAGAUUGGCUUGCGUCUGAGAUGCCGGCUCUUCUCACUGAUCUCGUCAUAUCUAUGAACGAUAGAUUCGCAUAUGUGGCAGGAUGGUUACAUGGAUGUAUAUGGCAGCUGGAUAUUUCCGAUCCAUUCCGGACUACUUCUCACAAAUUCGCUUUCAUCAAUGGUGGACACCGACCAGAGGCAGCGACUACUGUCCGUGGCACGGUCUUCCGUGGCGGGCCAGCAUUUCUGCAACUAAGCCUCGACGGAAAACGAUUAUAUGUCAGUAACUCGUUCUACAAGCAGUGGGAUGCUCAAUUCUACCCUGAUCUCAUCGCCAAAGGAGGUCAAAUAGUAAGGAUAGACAUCGAUCAAGGGAUGACGAUUUCUGAUACGUUUCUGAUCGAUUUGAAGGUGAGCUCUUUGAGCAAUACCGGACCGUACUUGGCUCGUGAUCUACGCUUUUUCACUGGUGAUUCAACUAGCGAUAACUUCUUAUAA